AUGGACAUUGACAAGUUGAAAUUUGCUGUCAGUUGCUCUAGUAAUAUGAACAGAAGUAUGGAGGCGCACAGCUUCAUGCAGAAACGAGGAUUCAAUAUAGAAUCGUAUGGUUCAGGAAAUCAAGUAAAGCUUCCUGGAACUGCUGCGGACAAACCGAAUUGUUAUGAAUUUGGAAAGGCAACGUACGAAUACAUUUACAACGACUUGAAGGCCAAGGACUCGAUUUAUUAUACUCAGAAUGGUCUGUUAAAUAUGCUGGAUCGAAACAGGCGAAUAAAACCUGCUCCGCAGAAGUUCCAGCAUGAGGAUAAGGAGUUUGACGUUAUAAUCUGCUUAGAAGAGCGUGUUUACGACCAGGUAGUCGAUCAUCUUCAUACAAGGCCAACUACGAGUGGAAACCCUGUACACGUUAUAAACAUCGAUAUUGAGGAUAACCCUGAGGAGGCAACAAUAGGAGCAUGGUUUGUUUGCGAGCUCUGUGGAAAGCUCGACGAGUGCGAUGAUCUUGACAACGAGAUCGACGAGAUCUUAGCUGACUUCGAAGCUAAAAAUCAAAAACGGAACAUCCUACAUACAAUAUGCUUCUAUUGAGAUCUCUUGCUGUUGUUAUGUGCAUAUCACAUUCCUUUCUUUGUUAUCUUUCAUUUAUAUGUGCAUGUCUUCUCAUAAUAACAUGGUUUGUAUAAACAAUGUGGUAUUAUUCUUUUUGAUGUUCACUUUGGUUGUAUAACGAGCCUUUUGCGUGGAACUGCCUCAGUAGUACCGACCGGUGGUUCGCACAAUGAAUGAUCGUCCAUAUAAAGCUGC